ACUACCCCAACAAUUACUUCCCCCUCUACAUCAACUAUUUCAACAAUUACCUCUCCCACUACAUCAACUUCUUCAACAUUUAAUUCUCCCACUAUUACAUCAACUACCCUAACAAUUACUUCCCCCACUACAUCAACUACCCCAACAAUUACUUCCCCUACUACAUCAACUACCCAAACAAUUUCCUCCCCCACUACAUCAACUACUUCAGCAAUUACUUCCCCCACUACAUCAACUACCCUAACAAUUACUUCCCCCACUACAUCAACUACCCCAACAAUUACUUCCCCUACUACAUCAACUACUUCAACAAUUACUUCCCCCACAACAUCAACUACUACAACAACUACUUCCCCCACUACAUCAACUACUACAACAACUACAUUAACAACCAUGACAACCACUACAACAACUACAGAAUCCACCACCACUCCAUCAACUAAUGCUCCUACACCCAGUGAAGGAACAAUGACCCUUAUAUUCAGUCUUAAACGAACAUAUACACCAGAUCUUUCCAUCUCAUCCUCAACAGCAUUUCAAACUUUAGCAUCAUUUGUGGUCUAUGAGGUAAGAUGUUUUAACAAAAAAUAAAUCAUGUAUUUAAAAAAAAUAAAAUAAAUCAAUGUUAGUCAUAUAUCAUGGACAGAGUCAAAUGAUGAAAAUGAAAACAUGUUGUCAUGGUCUCUAAACAUAACAGACUACUCGUUUAAAGUGGAUAGCUCUAAUCAAGUUAUGUGAUUGGUUGGUGGGCAUGAUUUAACAACUGUAUAUUCUGGCAAAAUAUCAACUUUUAAAGAAUGAAAUCUAUAAAUUUUUAUAAUUCAUACUCAAUGCAGUAAUUAUCACGUGUCACUCAAGCUCUUUCCUGUCUCCACAAUAUACAGCUCUUCCUUAAUGGGCUAUCUUGUUCUAGGUAGUGACCAUUUGUUAAGUAUUUAGUUGCAAUUGACAGUAAUGUUUUUUUCAGGUCAACAAAGUGGGAAACAAGCUAUAUGAAUCAACUUACCGCCGUUCCAUCGUUAACUCCUUCAGUAAUGGAUCAGUGAUUGUCGACUCAACUCUUGUGUUCAAAGACAAAAGUUCAGUUCCUCAAACAGACAUUGCAACUAUACUAUUCAGAACUGAACUUACCAAUUCCACUUUGGAUGUUAUACCAGGCAGUGUUUUUGCGAUCUCAACAUCAAGUAGUCCUCCUCUGCUCUCCAUGGGCGCAUUGGCUGUCAUUUCACUGACACUGCUUGCUGCUUCGCAGAUGCUCCUUGACUUAUAGCUUAUAUCAGAGGCGGACAGACAGACUUGACCUUUUACUGGGCUAUGCUAAGUGUGGAAUAAUGCAAGUACCACUAAACCAAAAGUCAAAAAGACAUUGUACAUUAUGACAUUUAUCAAUGCGAUAUGAUGUGGUAAAGAUUUGUACUGUGUAACUAUGAACCUAUU